GUGCUUGUUUAGUUUAACUUUAACUUUCGGCCGAGUAAAUUAUCAAUGAAUUUGAAACUUUAGACGCGUGCAAUUUCCGCUUUAUAAACGUUUUGAAAUUAAAAAAAAUUAAAAUAAAAUGGUGGCUCCCAGCAAAGUGUUUACUAGUCCUUUAAACUGUUAUCACUGUUCUCAGUCGAUAUUACAUCCAGGCAUGGGAUGUAUAAGAUAUUUUAUAGACAAUAUCUUGCAUCAUGGCUUAUCUGGAUUAAAAUAUUUUUCGCCCUUACUAAUAACUCCUUUGGUGAUGAAAUAUAAAAUGAUGAAUCGAGAAUUGUUCCUGAGUACCCUCAAAUAUUAUUUACAAACAGUAUGUUGGGGUUCAAUGGCAACCUCGAGCGUGUUUCUAAUGAUUUGUUGUCUAAGGAACUACCUGGGCAAUUUUCGUAUUUAUACAACUCUCUUCGUACCCACUGUGCUUGGUCUACAGUUCUGCUGGAUGUUUCCCGCACGCGUCAUGAAAUUAUUUACAACUGCAACAUCACAAGCAACAUUAGAAGGUCUUUUGCGACAGAAUUCUAAUAUAUUCACGCAUUUAAUACUGCAUUCACCCGUGGCGCAAACAAUAUUAUUUAUGCUAAAUAGUGCCAUCAUUUUACACUACAAACGUAAAAAUAUUUAUAAAGAUUAUUGGUUUAUUCAACCCUAUGAACAAUUCACAAAUCCCACAACCACAGCUGGAAAAGGGGAGCAAGAGCCACUAAGCAACGAUGAAACCAAAGGUCCUGAAACCAAAGGUCAAUAUCAUGGGAAAUGUAAAACCAAAUGUGAUCAUACAAAUUUAACGUGUAGGAAAUUUUUGCUGGAUGGUAUGAAAUCAUAUCUGGUCUAUGGUAUACCAUUGGAUAUGUUAGCCAUGUUAAUCAGAGGUAAAAUACCGCGUGGAACUCAAGGUUUAACGCAGAAAAUCAUUGAGAAAUUUAAGACCUUUAGACCUAAUAUGACGGGAUUUUUUAUAUCCUAUGUUGGCAUUUAUCGGUUAUCUUCCUGCUUGUUGCGAAAAUAUUACUCUCAUUUAUCUCUGGAUCUCCAACAUGUGCUGUCUGCUUUCCUAGGCGGCUUCUCCUAUAUGUGUGUGAAACGCGUUAAUUUUAUAUCGUUUUCCUUGGUCUUAUCCACUCAGUUGUUGUGGCAACAGCUAUGUAGCAGCAUUAAAACAUCGAAAACGGGUAGAAAACCCAAUUUGGCUCUCUUGCUUAUGAAGAAUGUCCCAAUGUCUCAAAUUAUAUUUAGCCUAAAUGGUGGCUAUUUAGUGCAUAAUUAUAUUAUAAAUUAUCAUUUGGUCAGCACUUUAGCUAGAGGAUUUUUGGAUGCUCUCACCUGCAACAGAAUCAAAAAAAUGCGAGAAACAUUGGUAAACAAUGACAUACACACCUUAAUUAAUAUAGCGGAAUCAAAUACUAUUAAAAAAUUCCUUUAGUAAUUUAAAAACAUUUCCUUAAGUUUAUCAGUAUAACAGUUUAACAUAAGAUUACUGAUUAUUUGUUUACCUUAGCUACAAAUAAGAUCUGAGAGAACAGAGCCACUGUCAAAUCUGACAUGCAUAAACAUGUCCAUUAACUGAAAAACAAACAAAACAAAACACAAACAAUAGUAAUAAUAAUUGUUAUUGACUAUUAUUCGUAAAGCACUUUUAUUUUAUAAGAAUAAAGAGACCAAAUGAUAUUUGUUAAGUUAAAUAUAA